AUUUCAGCCCAACCUACAUCUGCUACACAGAGAUGGAGACUACAGCAAUGCGGGAAUAACUGAGACUGCCUUCCGGGUCAUUCUUUACAGGAGAAAAACUCAGGUGACUGACUUUUAUUCAUCCUGUUAAUAAUGCACAGCAGCAGCUCAGUGCUGCAGCUGUCACGGGGUUAAUACCUGUCAGCCUUGUGGAGGGAGGUUGGCUAGAACACCUACAAACUCUUCGGAGCUGCUUCUGCGGCUCCUACACCGGAUCUCACGUCCGACCUGGAGACAUUUUUGCUGCAUUCACGAUGAUCUAAGCGUGACUUCUGGGCGCUGAGUGGAGGCAUCCCUCCUCUCUCUCUCUUUCUGCUCCCGCCCCCCUCUCUGCCUUUCUCUCUCUCCUCUCUUUCCGUGGGUUCAGCACCGGCUGCCCAGUCACUUAGCCCCUUUUGUUGGAGCGCUGGGGAAGCUGAGAGCGAUGGGACGAUUCGGUUUCAGCACCACGGAGAGCGCCGGACUUCUGCUGUUUGGUGUGCUGGCGCUGUCCGUGGUGCUGGGGGAGCAGGAAGGGGAGAACCUGUCCGGUCUCUCCAAUAACCCGGACAAAGCCAUCUUCGCGGUGCGGGAGAACGGCACGACGUGCCUGAUGGUGGAGUUCGCCGUGAGAUUCCUCGUGCCAUAUGACGUGCUUGCGCUCAAUGGAAUAGACUUGAUCACCGAGCAGUCGUCGUUCAAUCUGCCCCGUGGUGCAGAAAUCGAGGGAGAGUGUGCGAGCACGGAAUCGGAGAUCCACAUAUCUUGGAAGAACAAAGCCUACACCCUCCGCAUCUACUUCUCAAAGGAGUUCCGGAAGAAAGGCAUCGAGGUGUGGAAGAUUAGCAAGGUCCAGUUCGUCUACGACACCGCGGAGACAACGCAUUUCAUCAACGCAUACAACCCUGGGAAACACACAGCCAGCACCCACCGCCUGUCUGCCCUGGUGACUCCCGCCGGCCUCUCCUACUUGUGCGCAGCACAGCAGACCCUCACCCUUAUAUCUACCGACCACCAGAAAGGCAUCACCAUGUCCAUGUAUGACAUCCAGAUCCAACCCUUCGACAUCGCCUCUGACUUCAUGUUCAGUGAACCCUACAAGUGUAUCACAGACCAGCGGGAGCGCCUGGAGGAGACCCUCCCCCUUAUCCUGGGCGUCAUCCUGGGCCUCGUAAUCGUCAUCAUGCUCACCGUCUACCACUUCCACCUGAAGCUGACGGCCACUCAGCCACAGCUCCCCCGAGACCGCUCCAUGUACAAGAACAUGUAGCCCCCAGUUCUUCAGCUCCCUCCAAAGCUAACCUGAUUCUAAAAGAGACUUCUUUCUCCUCGAUGUCCCAAGCCUGAAACACCAGAGGAACGUGCCGUAUGAUGGACUGAAUCCCUGACAGAGAAGUGGGUAGCCUUUACUGUAGGCCACAUGGAAACACUGGAAGGGAAUGGGACCUAGCAUGGAAGUAUAGAUGGAGGGUAGAUCCACAAAAACUUGAUUUUCCUGACUGCUGAAUAUCAAAAUAAUUUCAUGUCAUCAUUAUCUUUAUAACAGAAAUGGAGCGUUUUAUGAAAAUAAACAUACAUUUAUUACAAAACAACAGAUUUUUGUUCGGAUUGGUGAUGGUUUAUCAUUUAAAAGUCACCAACAUGAGUCUACUGUUGGUCAGUUUUUCCCAGACAACAGAUAUCUAGUGUAUUUUCAUUUGAGCUAAUUCGUCCAUCACCUCUUCAAAAGAGAAGCCAGAAACUGUCAGAGCUUGUGCUGUCAUCUGUUAGUCGUCUCCUCCUCUUUCUCUCUGAAUCUGCUGCUGAAUAACUCAAACAUCUAUUGUUGAUUCUGUAUUUGCGGAUCUUGAAAUCUUUUUUUGUUCAAGAAACUCUUUAUUUCAUUUUGAAUGCAGCCAUAGUGUUUCACAGUGGACCAGUCUUGUAGUGUGUGCAGUGGCAUUUAGAUUUGCUAUGUUUUUGCUUUAAUGUCAACAAAAAUCUUUCCUCCAUGCCAUUCAAUGGAACAUAUCCAAAAGAGAAACUAAAAGAAUUUAUCAGAAUGUCAUAUGAGAGUGUUUAUGAACAUGCAGAGAGGUUAUUAAAUUAAAAAGAUAUAUAUAUAUAUAUAUGUGUGUUUAUUAUUUUCACAAUCAAAGUCUAUGCAUAAACCUCUGCUGAUGCAAUUUUGUGCAGUAUUCUUCUGUUCAUUGAAAUAAAUUGCUGGAAUCAUCUCU